AAUGCUUUUGAGGAGUACAUGUACUCCUCAGAUUUUAAUGCUUUUGAGGAGUACAUGUACUCCUCAGAUUUUAAUGCUUUUGAGGAGUACAUGUACUCCUCAGAUUUUAAUGCUUUUGAGGAGUACAUGAACUCCUAUGACUAAGGAAGAUGAUGAGGAUUUUAAUAUUGUGGCCCAUUUCCUUACAUUCAUCGGGAAAGAAGCAUACAGCCUUAUAAAGAUUUUGGCACUUCCAGACAAACCGAUUUCACUCCCCUAUGCAACUCUCAAGCAACUUCUGUUGGAUCAUAUAAAGUAUACAAAUUCCGAAUGCGGUAAGAAAGGAAAAUCCGAUAAAAUGACUCGUCAGAACAUCAGGAAUUCCACUUAUUCAAACAGUCGUCGUAAUUCGAUGCGUAAUCAAAUUUAUUCAGAUAGUACUUCAUUGAGUUGUGAAACAGUCCAUGAUGAUGAGCACAAGUUUAGUAAAUGCAUGUUCUGCGGCAAGUUUCACCCAUGUAAUUCAUGUAUAUUUCGUAAUUCUAAAUGCUUUAAAUGUGGUAUAACUGGACAUAUUCAGUCAGUUUGUAAUACCAUGGUUCAUUUCGCUGAAAGUAAUACUAAGAUGGAUGCUUCUAAUGAUCAGUUAUCUUUAUCUAGAAGAGGUAUAACGUUAUAUAACAGUCCAGAGUUGAAUGAAACCCAGAGUAAUUGGGAGGCGAAAAUUCUCAACCAAUCAACUUAUCAGAUUUCUCAUGUUAUUGUGCCAGAUAUGGUUUGUCGUAAUAAUUCACAUACUUCUGAUGUAAUUUCUUACAACUCUGAGAAUAGAAUGUUAAAUGAGUCAAAUCAUGAUCAAAAACCAAAUUCAGUCAUGGUAGAUGUUGAAUUCCCUGAUGAUCCAUUACCUAAUGAAACUCUUAAUCAAUUUGAGGAAAAUAUUUCAGAAGAAUCGAAUUCUGAUAUCAUAUCAAGUGUCAGUGGUCCUCAUAAUGAAUUUAUCUCUAAUGAUAUUCCUCAUGAAUGUGAAAAAUAUGUUUCUUAUGAGUUGAAUUCUAGUCAUAUUUCUGAUGUUAUUGUGUCAUAUGUUGGAUACUCUCACGAACAAUGCAUGUUGAAUAGAAUCCCUAGUCAGGGGUAUAAUGAUACAGAGGGGAUAGCAAAAUUUUCCGAAGCAACCAGAGAACCAGUUUGCCCAGAAGUGAAGUUUGCACAGACAGAGAAUCCAAAUCAAGUCCAAGAUUAUCCUAAUGAAUAUGAGGCAGAUGAAUGUUUUUUAUCCGAUUGUUUCGCAGGUAAAUCAAGCCUAAUUGAAUCACGUGUGUUAAUUACAUAUAUCAAUGUAUAUCCAUCUGUGUAUUCUAAUAUGAAUAACAAAAAGAAUAUGUAUCAUGAUUUUUAUUCAAGUCAAAGUCACAUGAUGGAAUACCUCAAAUUAUAUAUCAGUGUUUAUUCCCAAAUACUCACAUACAGUAGUCGGUGCGUAAGAUUUGAGAUAAUGCAAAUUGGGAACGUCAUAUUGGCUAAAACAUUGCGAAUCAAGGACCCAACAUUAUUUCGUGGGGGAGGAUAUUGUUGGAAAGUCCAUGAUGCAAAUUCUAAAUAUCAAUGGUUUCACUACACAACCGACAUGCUGAUUGUAUACAAUUCUAGAACCCAGGUGAGUCUGUUCCAAUUUCCGUUGUUAAUUCUAAUACUAUAGAGUGCAUUCUAGAUAAUACAGAGUGUACAUUCAAUACACCAUCGGACAGAUGUAGGAUGAACUUAAGAAGAAGACAAACAAUCGAUUACAGACACUUACACUUCAAUUCGAGCUGUGGCGGAUGUGAUGUUUAAAUAAAUCAAUGACUUCUUAGUAUUGAUGACUGUUGUAAUUUUGAAUUCCAAAUACAAUACAUUCGUUCGAGUUC